AUGGUCUUCGGGAUGAACUAUCUAGAAUCAGUCACUGUAGCUACUACAAAUUGGAAGCAGCUGCUCAAGAAAGACCCUCAACCAAUUAAAUCGCUACAGUUCAAAAGAAUUAAAAAGAUCCAGAAACUCCAAAACAUACUACUACGGUUGAUUCCUAACACAUGGUUUGAUUUUUGUUCUGCAGGAAAAGAAGUUUGUUUUGAACGAGUUGGCUGUUUUAGAGAUGGUUUACCUUGGACUGGGACAUUGGAAAGGCGAUUUGCCGGGUUACCAUGGCCUCCAGAAGAAAUAAAUACCCGCUUUCUUCUCUACACUCGAGACAAUCCUAAAAACUUUCAAGAAAUCAGUGCUGUAAAUCAUGCAACGAUCCAACGCUCCCAUUUUAGAAUGGACAAGAUAAGUCGCAUUAACAUACCUGGAUGGAAAACGGAUGGGAAAUGGCAGAGACACAUGUGCAACGUGUUACUGGAAGCUGAAGAUGUGAACUGCAUUAAUUUAGACUGGCUCAAUGGAUCCUUAGAAUACAACACUGCGGUUAACAACCUUCGGGUAGUGGGGGCUGAAGUGGCCUAUUUUAUAGAUGUUCUCAUGAAAGUAUUUGGAUAUUCCCCUUCUAAAGUGCAUCUGAUUGGCCAUAGCUUGGGAGCCCACCUUGCAGGAGAAGCUGGGUCAAGGCUGCGAGGCAUCGGAAGAAUAACUGGAUUGGAUCCGGCUGGGCCCUAUUUUCAUAAUACUCCGAAUGAAGUCAGAUUAGAUCCAUCAGAUGCAGAAUUUGUUGACGUUAUUCAUACUAAUGCCGCUCGUUUUCUCUUUGAGUUUGGCGCUGGAACAAUUAAUGCCUGUGGUCACCUUGAUUUUUAUCCUAAUGGUGGGAAGCAUAUGCCAGGAUGUGAUGAUCUGAUUACGCCAUUUUUCAAACUUGAUUUCAAUUCCUUCAAGAGAGAAGCGGCUUCCUUCUUUGACUGCCAUCAUUCCCGGAGCCACCGCUUUUAUUCAGAGAGUAUCCUCAAUCCUGAUGCAUUCAUUGCUUAUCCCUGUAGAACAUAUGACUCCUUUAAAGUAGGAAAUUGUUUCCAUUGCCCUAAAGAGGGGUGUCCGACAAUGGGCCACUACGCCGACAGAUUUCCUCUCAGAACCGAGAAACCGAAUCAGUCAUUUUAUUUUCUGAAUACAGGAACCCUUCCUCCAUUUGCCAGUUGGAGGCACAAAUUGUCUAUCAAAAUCAGUGGAAAUAACAUCACACAGGGAAGACUAUACAUCACCUUGAAUGGAACCAAAGGGAAAACAAAACCUUAUGAAAUUGCCAGUGGAAAACUCCAGCCUGGCAUCACUUAUAAGAAGUUCAUUGAUUCAGACACAAAUGUGGGGAACGUCACAAAUAUUGAAUUCCUCUGGAAUAAGCGUGGAGCGAGACAAGCUCAGGACACGUUUAGAAUAGAGAAGGUGACAGACGUGUCUGGAAAACACGAAUAUGAGACUGCCUUUUGUAGCAAUGACACCGUGGAUCCCGGCAUCAUCCGGAUUCUCACCCCAUGCUAA